UACCUCGGUGCUAGCUGUUAGCUGGAAGACAAUCGAGUGGUCGUGUCUCGGGUAAAUAUUCAAGUAGUUGACGGAGCAGUGAUGUCUUCGGUUCAGUGCCUGAGAGGCUUCAUCAGUGAGCGGCUCACUGCGGCUGCUGGAGAAAUAUUCACAGUGUUUGAGAAAACCAUCGUCCAGUACGAAGAAGAGGUCGCUCGCCAGCGCAGACUGCUGGACGUCCUUUUGAAACCUGAAAUAAAGCUACACAGGAUCGAGCUCCCACAGCAGCAUGCCUGUAAUAAGGAGGAGGUUUUCUCUGACCAGCAGCUCUGUAAUCAGGAGAGGAACUCAAGUCUGGACCAAGAGAACCCAGAGCCACGACAAAUUAAAGGGGAACAGGAGGAAAUGUGCAUCCGUCCGGAGGGAGAGCAGCUCGUACUGAAGCAGGAGACUGAUACCGUAAUGUUGACUCCUGAUUAUGAGGAAAGUGAUCCCAGAGAACCAGAAUCAGAGAGUGAGCACCAGCUCUUCUCUCACAACUCUACUGUAGCUGAGAGUCAAGAUCAGAACAGAAUAAAACAUGUGGAAUCAGGAUCAACUAGAAAUGAAGAACCAAACCCACAGAAGAGUCUUCAUGGAAACAGAAGUCCCAGUAAAACUGUUUACAUAUCAGAGAUUACAGCUGAUACUCAUAGUGGUGGAAAUUCUUUCAAAUGUGACAAAGGUGAAGGUUUUAUGUAUAAACAUCAAAUGAAAAUACAUCUGAGAAACUACACAGGUGAGAAACCUUAUAUAUGCAAAAUAUGUCAGAAACGUUUUAUUGGGAUGGUCUACUUCAAAGUCCACAUGAGGAUUCACGCAGGUGAGAAGCCAUAUUCUUGCAAAACAUGUGGAAAACGUUUUUCAAAUUGUGGGCUUUUGAAAAUCCAUACGAGAAUUCACACAGGUGAGAAGCCAUUUACUUGCCAAACAUGUGCAAAACGUUUUAGAACCUCUGGGCAUUUGACUGUCCACAUGAGAAUUCACUCAGAUGAGAAGCCAUAUUCUUGUAAAACAUGUGGAAAACGUUUCUCAAACUGUGGGCUUUUGAAAAUCCACAAGAGAAUUCACACAGGCGAGAAGCCAUUUACUUGCCAAACAUGUUCAAGACGUUUUAGAACCUCUGGGCAUUUGACUGUCCACAUGAGAAUUCACUCAGAUGAGAAGCCAUAUUCUUGCAAAACAUGUGGAAAACGUUUUUUAAACUGUCGGCUUUUGAAAAUCCACACGAGAAUUCACACAGGCGGGAAGCCAUUUACUUGCCAAACAUGUGCAAGACCUUUUAGAACCUCUGGGCAUUUGACUGUCCACAUGAGAAUUCACUCAGAUGAGAAGCCAUAUUCUUGCCAAACAUGUGCAAAACUUUUUAGAACCUGUGGGCAUUUGAAUGUCCACAUGAGAAUUCACUCAGAUGAGAGGCCAUAUUCUUGCCAAACAUGUCAGAAAAGUUUUACAGAUAAUAGUACAUUGACAAACCACAUGAGAAUCCACACAGGUGAGAAGCCAUAUUCUUGCAAAACAUGUGGGAAUGGUUUCAGACGUAGGAGUGAUUUGAACGUCCACGAGAGAAUUCACACAGGUGAGAGGCCGUAUUCUUGCCAAACAUGUGGGAAAUGUUUUAGACGUAGUGGUGAUUUGAAAGCCCACAUGAAAGUUCACAGUCGUGAGAGGCCGUAUUCUUGCCAAACAUGUGAGAAAACCUUUGCACGUAAAAAAGACUUGAAAACCCAUAUGAGAACUCACACUGGUGAGAGGCCAUUUUCUUGCAAAGCAUGUGGGAAAGGUUUUGGUCAACGUGGGCAUUUGGCAGCACACAUGAGGAGACACACAGAAGAUGAGGAACCUUAUUCUUGCGAUACCUGUCAGACAAGUUUUGGAGAAAGAAGUCAAUUGAACGUCCACAUGAGAACUCACACAGAUGAGACAUUUUCUUGCCAAACUUGUGGGAAAUGUUUUGGAAGUAGUGGUGAUUUGAAAGCCCACAUGAUAGUUCACAGUGGUGAGAGGCCGUAUUCUUGCCAAACAUGUGGGAAAACCUUUGCACGUAAUAAUGACUUGAAAAUGCAUGUGAGAAGUCACACUGGUGAGAGGCCAUAUUCUUGCAAAGCAGGUGAUUGAUUGAUAUAUAAAUUGAGUGUUGUUGAAGAUGAUAAAUUAUCUGGUCAUCCUGCAACUAUAAUCUGCAGGGGAGAUACCAACUCAUGUAGUAGAUCUUCUAUGUGGCUUAAUGAAAUGUACCAUAUUAAUAAACUUGUAUUUGAAUAACCAUAA